AUGCCUGACGAAACUAACGGAUUAGAACCUUUCAAUUCACGUCAUGUUGUAUGUGAACUACCCGAUUACAAUAUUAAAAUGAAGUUAUUAUUUCUUCAACUGAAUGGUUCCAUGUUGAUAUGGAUUGGUGAUGAAGAAGGCAGACUGUCUGGUUUAUCUGUAUGUUUACCAUCCAACGUUGCAGAAUCAAUUCAACAGCACAGUACUAUAAUUUAUUCCGUUAAUAGUACUACUACUAAUAGUUGUGAUCAAACUGCUUGCCAGUCAUUUAGUGAAUACGAGGAGAAUUUAUCUCGUAAACUAUCAAAACGUCUAAAUUGUCCUGUAUUUGUUAGUAUAAGUUUAUCCAGUGAAUAUAUUCCACUUUGGAAUAGUGUACAUUUUACUACGGGAAGUACAUUUGGACAAGAAGUUGAACGUCAUUUAUUCGAUAAUCUUUCAUCUUUUGUACCAUCGAAAUAG